CUAAGGCCACAACCGCAGCCCGAGGUUCUCGGCUCUCGUCAAUGGCUGCUCGGAUCGCUUCGGAACGGCUCUCAGCUGGGGCGAGGCAUGGAAGGGGCGCGCCUAUGGCUUGUGGUGGCAGCCGUGCUGGGAAUGGGGUCGAAGAGCACGGGUUUAACAUGUUUGGAACCCCCACAAAACGUUACCACCAGUGUUAUUAAUGCAAAUAUUACGCUGAAAUGGGAUUGGGAUAAUCCUUGUGGGCUCAAUGUAACAUUUUCAGUACAAUACCCCAGUUCUUCCAGACGCUCUGAAAUCUGGGCAGCUAUUCCUCAAUGUCAGAAUAUAACUAUCACAGAAUGUGAUCUCUCGUCAACAAUUUCAGAUUAUUUGGCAUCUUAUAAAGUGGCUAUAAGAGCGAACACUCUGAAAAAUCACUCUCCUUAUGCCUUUUUAGAAUUUACUCCUUAUAUAGAAGCUCAAGUGGGUCCUCCAGGAGUGUGGUUUGAAUCAAUAUAUGGAGAUGUCAAAAUCAAUAUUUUACAUCCUGAGGCAGAUCAAAAAAAAAUGUGGAAGCAAGACACGUUAAAAUAUCAGCUAACUAUCUGGAAAAAUGCAACCCAUUCUAAGGAAAAAACACAAUCUAUUUUUCCAGGUGAAAUCAUUUAUGAUCUUGAACCAGAAACUACUUAUUGUUUGAAAGUUAAAGCACAUAUGGAAGAUCACAUUUCUUUUUACAGUCCCAUGCAUUGUAUUCAGACUUCUAAAGUUUGGAUUGGACUACUUCGUCUUCAAAAUCUUCAAAUGGAUAGCUUGAAUAUGAAGCAUCUCUUACGUUGGGACGAUCUAUAUGAUGGAAAUGUGAGCUUCAUAGUACAGUUGCUUCAUGGUUACAAAGCCCGUCAUUCUCCAGAUAUUUCUAAGGACUGGGAAAAUGUAUCUAAAUGUGAAAAUAUUCAAACUACAUUUUGUAAUCUCUCAUCUGUCAUUGGCUCCAGUGGAAUUUUUUAUCUCCGUGUGCAAGCAGUACAUAAUCAUAAUAAGUCACCUUGGUCUAAAACCUUAGAAUUUAAACCUAUAGACCAAACUAAAAUGGGCCCACCAAAUGUUUCAGUCAGUGCCAGUAAGGAUUCAAUUAAAGUUUUCAUCGCUUCUCCUGGAGAGUCAGAAAACCGCCCAAUGAGUGAUAUAUAUGACCUGACUUACAACGUUUGGUACAGGACUUCAUCUAUCACGGUAACAUUUUUACUGUUCCAAAGCAAAUACACAUUUGAAUCAAAGCCUUUUACCUCAAACCUUCUAAAAACCUAUGAAAUCUUUGAUAAUUUUGCUGAUUUUGCAGUCCAACUGGACCACUUGGACGAUGAUGAAGAAAUUACUGGCAUGCCAGUAACAGAAAUGGCAAAAUACAGCUUAUAUCUUCCACUUGAAUUAUUUCAACAUUGAGCCCAAUAAAAUAAAUGUUUGCGUCUGUAGGUAUAUGUAUGUCCUGACUCAUUCUUGGAGAUUUUAUACUUCUGCAGAAUGACAUCCUGCAUUGGAAUCCUUUUCAAAAUAUUUUAUAGAUUUUGUUUGGAAAAUAGUUACACAUUCAAAUUGCAAGUUAUUAAGGACAUGCCAACAUUGCAGUGCAUUCAUAACAUUUCCACUAAAGAACUGACUAGCCACACAAUGGUGCUUUUCAAAUAUACACACAGCCACAAAAAUGUGCCUGUUUUUAAGAAUUGCUGUGUUUGUGUUUCUGUAUUCACAUAUUUUCAAAUAAUUUUCAAGUUAUGUACAAGUGUAGUGAAUAUAUAUAUUUUAAUGAAUCUUUAAAUCUUAAUAUAUCUUUUAAAAAAAGAAUCCUUAAAUAAUAUCGUACAAUUCUGCCUUUUCAAUUCAAUAUCUUCAAGUGGAAAGCAUUAAACUCAAACAUGUCCUCUCAAAUACUGCUGACUAGGAAAUAGUGCCAAUGAUAGUCCAUCAGUUGUCACCAGUAUUUUCCUAUUCUUCAUAUUAAUUGACCCUUAUUUCUGCAAUUAUACUGUAUAUUGCUUCUAAUGCUAAAAGAUUUUUCUCAGAAUUUAUUACGAUUUAGUUAUUGGUCUGGUUUAUCCAUGUAUG